AUGGAUCUCUGGCAGCGAGGCAUGGAGGCAUCUCGCCUGACCGCCGCGCAGCACCACAGAGCAAACAGCCAGCGGAGCCUCCAAGACAUGACACGGGACUGGAGAAACGACCCGUUCUCAACGCCGGCCCGCCGCCGCAGGCUUAUCAACGACGUCUGCAAGGUCAUCGUCCGGACUUACACCCAUGCCUCCGUCUUACGGGUCGUGGGGCUUCGGAGGGAAGAACGCUACGCCACCCGCAUCCAGGCCGCGUUCAGGAUGAGCUGGGCUCGGCGCCUGUUUUGCGCCAAGCUCGAGGCUCGGAGGGUCAACGCCGCAUUGGUGCUACAGCUGGGGUGGCUGUCGUGCGCGGCUCGAAGGCGGGUGCGGGUCCUCAGGGAGGCGAGGGAUCACGACCGACGUGUGGAGGAAGGAAGGCGCAAGAGACGGGAGGACCACGAGAGGAGAGAGAGGAGUCGGCGGAGAGAGGAACAGCGAGAGAGGGAGCGGAAGGCAACGGAGAAGCGACAACGAGAGCUAGAGUCGACGGUUGUCUUGCAACGGCGAUUUCGAGCUAGACAAGAGCUUCUCGUCGCUUUGACCCAGGCGCGUCGACGGCUGACGCAAGCUCAACGACUCCGGGACGAGCAGCAUCGCGAAGCAACAGCCAUGAUGCAGGCUACCACAGUCAUUCAAGCGGCGUUUCGACGUCACCAGCGCAGACGACGGCGGCGCGAAGAACAAGAGCAUAAGCAGCGAAGGGCUCGCGACAAGGCCGCUGUCGAGAGAUUGGCAAGCGCACGGCUCCAACAGGCCUGGCGACGGUACAAGGCCGCCAAUGAGCUCAACCGACGAAGACGCCGGGAACUCGAAACAUCUGGUCUCCGUUCAUCGACCACUGAUGAAGACGCGACGGAACAUCGCACGGAAGGAGCAUCGUCUACGUCGCUGUGUUCCAACGAGGGCCAUCCUGACCCAAAGGACGAGGAUCCGAACAUCUCGAAGAAGAGCGUUCGACAAGAGAUGUCGGGGGACGUCAACGAAGGAGCGUCAGGCUGGGACAACUGGUCGUCCGCUUUCGGAGUCAACUCUUCACUCGCUGCGGAAAUAGCGCGGGAAGGGGAGACGGACAACGCCGCCGCCGAGAACGUCCGACCCUGGACUUCGACAGGAGCAGCAGAGAGCCCUGCACCACCACGAAGCCGCCAUCAUCACCCUAAAGCCCCUCCCCCCGCCGGGAUGAUGACAGUGACAGUACGGAGGGGAUCAGAGGAGACCAGCUUGGUGACGCCGAUUGUUCUUACCGAAAGCGGCGGCGAAGAAAUGGACGCAGAAACAACACGCAAAUCCGAAGUUGGCACAGCGUUGGCCACAGCCGACGUGACGGUGGUGACGGCCUUUUCAAGUACCCUCGGCAGCGACGAGAGCGGAGGAACUCGGCCCCGAGCAGCUACGGUUGCAGACAAAGCUGUGCGCGUCGCUGAGGCUAAGGGUGCCGCCCCUCCGGCUCACGCCGACGCACCAAAAGCAAGGAGAGAACAGCCGGAGAGGACGAAACUGUCGGCAAGUGCAACAGCUGCAUCGGAGAUCACGAAGCCUGCAAACCCGGCUCCAAACCAAGACGCUGACGACGCGGCGGUAGCGGGGAAGAUCUCGCAGAUACUUUCCACCACGGCACCCCAAAUAGCCAACGAGGAGGCCACAGCUGUUCCAGCGAUGGUUCCGGUGGCGCCGGUGAUGAAGGGGACUGCUGCGAGCGAGGGUGACCCACCGAUGAUGACGGUAUCGACACCGAUGACCGAGCCAGCUGAGGAGGCCGCCCGAGACGUAGUCGUCAAGCCUACGGAACAGCUGUUCAUGGAGGACACGCAGGUAUACCUUGGGUGCGGAAUGUGCGGAGUCAAGUACCUCGUCGAGGCUGUGGACCCUGGGGUGUCAAAAUCAACGCAAGGGCAACCAACGCCAGAAGUUCUCUACCUCUGUACCACCUGCGGCGCGACUCUCCGAAACAACGGCGAGAACGGUCGCUGGAAGCGCCGCCGCCGUCCAAGCAGCGCACCCGCAGCGGGACGCCGCCGCGGUAGCGCCUUUUCGGUCGGCGGUCGCGACGGCGGCGCAAGAGCAAACAACGAGUACGGGCCGCCACCAGGCAACGGGUGGAACGGCGACAGGGCGGCCGCCCUUGUCGAGUCUCCGAGUGUUGUGGAAAGCCUUCAGCAGGCGUUGCAUACGGGCGGAGGCAGGCGACAAGGCGAGAACGAUUCUGCUACGAGGCUUCGGUAUGCUCACUGCGCGAAGGCAAUCCAGCAUGCUUACCAGAACUUUCGGCACCGGCAGUACCUGCGCGAUUGGGCCUUUAGCCUGGUGCAGUCGCGGAGAAGGGCGAAGCACUGCCUUCGUUGCCGCCGCGCUACGGUGAUGUUGCAGUCUGCCGCCAGAGCCAUGUCCGCCCGCAGACGGUGCUCCACCCUCCGGGCCGCCAGAUUACGGCUUUGGACCGACAGGGUUGCUGCUGUUUACGUCAAUGGCGGCGACGAGUACUCUCCAUCACCGGUUGCAGCGGAGCUGUUAUGCGAGUUGGAAAGGCUCACAACACCACUGCCGCGACCCCCGGGGCUAUCGCCGACGCUGGCGUCGCAGCCCGCGGCGGUUGUCAAAGCGCGGGGUGGUUUGAGGGCUAACGUUGCCUGCGGAAGGAGUAGGGGGCGUGCGUUGGCGGAGGCUUUGGCCCCAAGAAUGGAACGGCCGCCGCCGGGGUGCCCCGCGGCGCUUGAUGUGGACUGGGGCGAGUGGGGUGUCGGGCUUAGGCUUGCAUUCCCGUCUUCUCCCCGUGUUGGGUGA